GAUCACAAAUAAUAUAGACUUGUAAAAGAGACCCCAAACCAGGGCCUUAAAGGUGACAUGCAUAAACAAAGUCUCACAUCUCUAUUUUCAAGAGAGUCCAAUUAUAUUUGUCUUUCCAUAAUUUCUAUUUGUUGCUGUUCCAGGAGUUUGAGCAACAACAGUUAAUAAAGGACACUUCUGCUGACUCUCAGUUCUGGUAGUAAUUUUUAUUUACUUCUCCAGUUUCAUUCCUCAAAACACAUGAAAGUACAGGUUCUGCAGCAAGAAGCAAUUUGAAAGGUGAAUUUUUCAAAUAAGCCACAAUGAGUUCUUCCAAACCUGCUCCAAAGUCAAACCAAGAAGAUUACCAGUUGAAAGACACAAAGCCCUCGCUUGGAGAAAGGUGGCCACAUGGAGGACAACGCGGCGGCAGUGGUUGGCUUUACAGUGAAAGGGCUACGAGCACUUAUGAUCUGGUGGAACAGAUGUUCUACCUCUAUGUUCGUGUGGUGAAGGCCAAAGAACUCCCACCAAAUCCUGUCACGGGAAGCGUCGACCCUUAUGUUGAGGUGAAGGUUGGCAAUUACAAGGGAAAAACAAGGCACUUUGAGAAGAAGACCAACCCUGAAUGGAAGCAGGUUUUUGCAUUCUCAAAGGAAAAGAUACAGUCUUCAUUUGUUGAAGUAUAUGUGAAAGACAAAGAGAUGGUUGCCAGAGAUGACUACAUAGGGAAAGUUGACUUUGAUAUGCAUGAAGUUCCAACAAGAGUCCCCCCAGAUAGCCCCUUGGCUCCUCAGUGGUACAGGCUUGAGAAUCUGAAGGGAGAAACCAGGAGAAGAGGAGAAAUCAUGCUGGCUGUUUGGUUGGGAACACAAGCUGAUGAAGCAUUUCCAGAGGCUUGGCAUUCAGAUUCUGCUUCAGUUAAAGGGGAAGGACUUUACAGUAUCAGAUCAAAGGUGUAUGUCAAUCCAAAGCUCUGGUACCUCAGAGUUAAUGUUAUUGAAGCACAGGAUGUUGAGCCACAUGAUAAAAGCCAGCCACCCCAAGUGUUUGUAAAGGCUCAAGUUGGACAACAAAUGCUAAAGACAAAGUUGUGUCCAACAAAAACAACCAAUCCAAUGUGGAAUGAAGAUCUGGUGUUUGUGGCAGCUGAACCUUUUGAAGAACAGCUGGUGCUAACUCUAGAAAACAAGGCUUCAGCAGCAAAAGAUGAAGUUGUGGCCAAAUUGACCCUGCCGCUGAACAAAUUCGAGGUCCGUAUGGAUCACCGCGCGGUAGACUCGCGGUGGUAUAACGUUGAGAGAUUCGGCUUUGGUGUUUUGGAGGGUGACAAGCGGAAUGAAAGAAAAUUUUCAAGCAGAAUUCACCUCCGGGUCUGUCUUGAAGGUGGUUAUCAUGUUCUUGAUGAAUCCACAAUGUACAUUAGUGACACAAGACCAACUGCAAGACAGCUAUGGAAGCAGCCAAUUGGGAUUCUUGAAGUGGGAAUCUUGAGUGCUCAAGGGCUCCAACCUAUGAAGACAAACGAUGGAAAAAGCUCCACUGAUGCAUACUGUGUGGCAAAAUAUGGACUCAAAUGGGUCAGAACUAGAACAAUCACAGAAAGCUUCAACCCGAAAUGGAACGAGCAAUACACAUGGGAAGUGUAUGAUCCUUGCACUGUCAUAACUUUUGGGGUUUUCGACAACUCCCACUUGGGUUCGACAUCUCAACAAACACCUGGUGGUGGAGCUAAAAACGACUCUAGAAUUGGCAAGGUGAGAAUUCGUUUAUCCACAUUGGAAAUGGAUAGGAUUUACACGAACUCAUACCCACUACUUGUUCUUCGUCCCACGGGACUAAAGAAAAUGGGUGAAUUGCAACUAGCAAUUCGAUUUACAUGUCUCUCUUUAGCUCACAUUAUCUACCUUUAUGGACACCCUUUGCUACCCAAAAUGCAUUACCAGCAUCCAUUCACUGUGAACCAAUUAGACAGCUUAAGAUACCAGGCUAUGAGCAUCGUCGCGGUUCGCCUCGGGAGGGCAGAACCGCCGCUAAGGAAGGAGGUUGUUGAGUACAUGCUGGAUGUAGAUUCUCAUAUAUGGAGUUUGAGAAGGAGCAAAGCCAAUUUCUUUAGAAUUGUGACAUUGUUUUCAGGUCUAAUCUCAAUGAGCAAGUGGCUUGGUGAGGUGCAGAAAUGGAAGAACCCAGUGACCACAAUUCUAGUUCAUGUUCUAUUCUUCAUCCUCCUUUGCUAUCCGGAAUUAAUCCUCCCCACGAUCUUCCUCUACAUGUUUCUCAUAGGAAUUUGGAAUUUCCGGUCACGGCCGCGCCACCCUCCACACAUGGACACCAAGCUUUCAUGGGCCGAAGCGGCGCACCCAGAUGAACUAGAUGAGGAGUUUGACACAUUUCCAACUUCAAAAGCUCAGGAUGUGACAAAAAUGAGAUAUGAUAGGCUUAGAAGUGUGGCUGGGAGGAUUCAAACUGUGGUUGGAGAUAUUGCAACUCAGGGUGAGAGGCUUAAUGCUUUGUUGAGUUGGAGAGACCCAAGAGCGACGAGUUUGUUUGUGAUUUUCUGUCUUGCUGUCGCGGUUGCCCUGUAUGUUACGCCUUUCAAGAUUGUUGCUGCUGUUGCUGGAAUGUACUGGCUCAGGCAUCCUAAGUUCAGGAGCAAGCUACCCUCGGCGCCUGGGAAUUUCUUCAAGAGGUUGCCAUCUCGUGCUGAUAGCAUGCUUUGAGGCAGGCACCAAAGGAAGCAGAAGAGAAGAUAUUAUGAUCCAUGCAGUUCUUGUGUAGUUGUGUUAGUGCAAUGUUGAUUCUUUACUAUUUGGUGGUGGGGAAAGAGUAAUCAUUUGUUUGUUGUUAUCAAAUUUCCAAUUCAUGAGUUUUGUUAGUCAUACUUUUCUUCUAAUAACGAGUUUGUGUUAGUGAUACUUGUAAUAAUCGAUGAGUUCUUCAGGGUAGUUAAUUUAUGUAGGUUCAACCCUCUAAACUACUCAGAUAAGAGCGCAUUCUGACGAAAUGUUGAUCAAAAGGUGAGAAAUUCUUGA